GCCCCGCGCGCGCAAGCGCAGGCUGCGGCUCCCGGCGUGCAGCUCGGUGGCGGCUGAGCCGGCAGCGGGCCGCCUCAGGCAGCCCCGGCCGGGCCGCCCGGGUCCCCGGCAGCGGGGUAGGAUGGCGCUAAAGCGGAUCCAGAAGGAAUUAACCGACUUGCAGAGGGAUCCUCCUGCCCAGUGUUCUGCAGGACCUGUCGGUGAUGACUUGUUCCACUGGCAGGCCACCAUCAUGGGCCCGAAUGACAGUCCUUACCAAGGAGGUGUUUUCUUCCUGACCAUCCACUUUCCUACAGAUUAUCCGUUCAAGCCCCCAAAGGUUGCUUUCACAACCAAAAUUUAUCACCCUAAUAUCAACAGCAAUGGCAGCAUCUGCCUCGAUAUCCUGCGGUCUCAGUGGUCUCCAGCGUUGACUGUGUCAAAAGUUCUCUUGUCCAUCUGCUCGCUGCUCUGCGACCCCAACCCCGAUGACCCUCUGGUGCCAGAGAUAGCCCAUACCUACAAGGCCGACAGAGAGAAGUACGUGUCCUCUUUGGGUUGCCUUUGCACCAUGGCUGCCCCAGGCAGCUCCAUGCAGUACCUGUGCUCUGAGCUGGUGCUUCUGGGCUACAGGUUCCCACAGACAUCUUCCUGCCCAUGCUGAGCCAUGUGCACAGCGGGUGUGCCCUGGGCUUGGACUCCUGGCUCUCUCACUAACAUGUCCUUUGAGUCUAAGGAGGGAAAAGGAGAUAAAAGCAGUUCACCCUCCUGGAUAACUCAUUAGCUGCUGCUACUGUAUAUGAAAACAUUGCCAAGCCCUGCCCUCAAGACCAGCAAAAUCAGUGGUCAGCCAAGAACAGACUCAGAAGAAUCUGACAACAAGAAAAAUUCUGAUUUAAAUUCUAGGGUUUAUAGCCUAAGACAAGGGGAUGUCUGCUUGGCUAUACCGAAGGUGAGGCUGAGGGCAGUCAAGGUGGGAAACACUGCUGUGGUCAGUUCGCUGGCUCAGCUCAGAAGUCAGCAGUGUGUUAGACCUUCAUUGCCAGCUCUCUGUUUAAACACCAAUUAACAGACCCAGAAUUGGAAAAUUCCGACCCCCUAGGCCAGGCACAACCACAUGCACUGUAGCAUGAGGGUGUCUGUAGUUGGUGGGGCAGGCACAAGGAGUCAUCGCCAUGUGUUAGUCUCUGAGUGCUGACAGCACUGUGAGAGAGGCCCAGGUGUGGCAGGGGCCGCAGUCCAGUGAGUGGUGUGAAUCUCAGUUGUGGACCUUCAGGGAAGGUAUUGCUAGCCCUUUUAAAAGACAUCUUCAGUGAGUGCAUUCUUCAGUUCAUUACUCAUUACUUCUUUUCUGUCUGAAGAGAUUAGAAUAGAGUAUGUUUUUCCCUUUUUUUUUUUUUGAGACAAGGUCUCAUUCUGUUGCCCAGUCUGAAGUGCAGUGGUGUGAUCACAGCUUACUGCAGCCUCGAUCUUCCAGGCUCAACCUAUCCUCCUGCCUCAGCCUCCUGAGUAGCUGGGACUACAGGCGUGUCCCACCACACCUGGCUAAUUUUUUGUAGAGACAGGGUUUUGCCAUGUUGCCCAGGCUGGUCUUAAACUCCUGGACUCGAGCAAUCUGCCCACCUAGGCCACCCAAAAUGCUGGGAUUAUAGGCGUGAGCCACCACACUCAGUCACAUGUUUUUUUCAAAUUAUAUUUUUCUUAAGACCUUUAUAGAUCUUAUUAUUUCCCUCAUUGGAGUUUUCUCAAUAACAGUCAAAAUUUUUAAUUGACUGGGUUUGUUUAACACUUUUUACAACAUAUUUUAGACAUACCAAAAGUGAUUUUUUUUUCAGUGCCUCUUGUAACUAUAAAUCUCUCUAAUUUAUAGUCUCAUAGCAUCAAGUCUCAUUACAAUGAUGAGAGUAAGUGCACACACCUGCAUAGUCUUCAAUGGAUGCCUGGCCUGCUCCACGUGCUUUACAUACAGACUUCUCUAGUUUCCCCACAAGCACACAAGGCAGAUACUUUCCCCAUGGCAAGCAAUCAAAAAAGCCAGGGCACAGAGGGGCGGAACAGCUGCUGAGGAUUGUACUGAUGCACACCCCGGUAGGCGGAUUCCCAAGCCCUUGUUCUGGAGUUUGUGUGCUGGACGGCCUGUAACUAGUACAAACUGACCUUUGUGUGUCUCUUCUCUGUCCUCCCUGCAUCCAUACUGUAGGACAGGAGAAAGAAAGGGAGGAAGUCUGUUGCAUUAUUAAAUCUUCCACAGCAGAUAGUUAUGGAGAAUCAACAGUUUGGGGUUUACACAUGAGGGGUUCACCCAGCUGGGGGUUUGCAGCCAUGUCUGAUGUGCUCCUGCUCCAGGGAAAGCCUUUAUUCCACUCACCCAUCAGCCGUAGAUGUUUGACAAGCAGCAGCAGCAGCAUUCCCCACAUCAGUCCUGUUCUCUGCACCACAUUGAAGGGAAGUGACCAUUUCAAGUGAGGGUGUCACUUCCUCUGCUUUUUUAUUCCAGGUACAACAGACUAGCAAGAGAGUGGACACAAAAAUAUGCUAUGUAAGUGCCUUGGAGGGUUUACAUGAGACACUGUCCAAGAGAAGCUGGCAGAGAGGUCUUCCCUUAAAACUUUGGGCUGUUGGCUGAGCCAUUCAAAGAGCAUCAUCUGUUCUUCAAACAAAUGUUGGUCACCCACUCUCUCCAGCUGCAGCAUGUUGGUGCCAUUUUCAGCAAUUAUGGCUUUGACAGUGCCACCUCUUUGAUGCCAAAUCAGCAACCAUUGUUGUUAUGAUCUGCAGUCUUCCUGGUGACACUGGAAUCUCUCUCUCUGCCGCCUCAGUUUGUCUGCUGGUCUCUUUAGGGGCCAGGCCCUGCACGUCUCUCCUACCUGGCCUCAAAUGGUGCUGCUGCCCAUGAUGGUACCACACCAGGGCCUCAGCCUGACCCCUCACCACAUACCCUUUGCCUUUUAGAACUCAGUGCCAUCCUGGGUGCCCAGGGCAGAGCAGGCUUUGUUCGCACCUCAUCUGCUGCAGAACCACAUCCUGAGGAGUCUCAGCUUAUCCUGGAGGGAAUUGGGAACAGUGUCACUGGGAAGUGAAGGCCUAGCCCUGCAGCUUCCACCAGUCUCCUCCUGCAGUGCCACGUGCUGGCAUUUCUCGCCUCACACCAAGCAGCAGCAAGUGGAAAAUUUCAGGAUACAAAGCACAUAACACCCCAUAAGAGAUGAUUAUGUUUUUAGAAGCAAGAGCAAAAUUAUGAAACCUCUAGAGAUUUGGGUCAUGUUACUCCAUUUGAUGAGGAUUCUCACUACUGCCCGCUCCUCCCAUAGGAGCCUACACUAAGUCCAAGUGUGAGCCAUUCACAGACUAGAACACAAGGAGGGAGAGAGACUCUUAAAUGUAAAUAAAAAUGCAAUUCACUCACAACUCUAAAUGAUAAUUGACAUUUCAGCCUCUUUCUUUUAGGCAAAACAGAAGAUACACACUAUUAACAGUUAUUUGAAGCCUUAAAUUACAAUAGCCUGUUAGGUGAUCGGCUUUCUGCCUUGGCUUUCUGAUGCAGCACAUUUUAAGAUUUGCCUUUAAAGCUUUGAGCCUUGAGAUUAGGUUAGUUAGGAAGAGGACAACAAAGGGAAGAGAUUAUUCUAAUAAAACUUCCACAGAGGGAAGAAAAUUGAGGAGCUUCAGAUCUCUAAAGCCAAAUUCAACCUGAUCUUUCUAGGUUGGUUAUAAAGCUGGUCCACUUCCAGGAAGUGAUGUGUAGGUGAAUAGGAACAAAAGGUGAAGAAGCAGUAAAACUGUGACCAAGUGGCCAGAUGGGGCUUUUGCUGGCUGAUUGAAAGGAAGUCUACAGACCUAACAUAAGCAGUCAGCCAAAGGUGGCUGUGGGAGGUUGAUUUCUUCCAGAAACUUCCAAGUUGUGGCUACAAAUUUAUUGCCAGAUAUUUUCCCACUGAGAAUACUGAGGUUAUUCACAUAAUCACUUCCUUAACAAAGGAAGAAGCACUUUUAACUUGGGCUGCAUUCCCUUUGUGAGGGUCCACAUUUAGGAUCCUCCUGCUACCAUAAGGCCCCUUUUGGGGUCCUUUGGGUGUGGCUGCAUCUCACCAUGUUGAGGAUUGCCUUUUUUUUUUUUUUUUUCAACACAGAGCCUUGCUCUGUCUCCCAGGCUGGAGUGCAGUGGUGCGAUCUUGGCUCACUGCAACCUCUGCCUCCCAGGUUCAAGCAAUUCUCCUGCCUCAGCCUCCCGAGUAGCCGGAAUUACAGGCAUGUGCCACCAUGCUGGGCUAAUUUUUGUAUUUUUAGUGGAGACGGUGUUUCACCACGUUGGCCAGGCUGGUCUUGAACUCCUGGCCUCAAGUGACCCGCCCACGUUGGCUUCCCAAAGUGCUGGGAUUACAGGUGUGAGCCACCGCACCCAGCAAGGAUUGCUGUUUUAAUUCUUGUAUCUUCGUUGCUUCUUUGGUCUUUGCUUAAACAAAACAAUAAAGCUUAAUAGUUGGGGAGAAUGCUGUUACCAGUGUCCUCUAGGAAGGCUGUUAGCAUAUGGCUCUACUGAGCAGCAGUGCCAUCUGGUGCCUGAGAUCAUGUGCUUCAGGCAGUUGUUCACACUGCAUCUACAGCCAAGCAUCACAGAACACUUCACUCAUGUGGUCAGGGAAGGUGGGACUGAUUCACAUGUUAGAGACAGGUCAGAUGGGAAAAUUAAGGCCCAACUUGGUGUUGGGGAAUAACCAUACUCUGGUCUUUCAAGUGUAGUAGCUGAUGAUUCCCAAGAAACCGAUGAAUUUUCUGAGUCCAGACAAAAUUUCCCCAAGCCUGCUCUCUCUGUUGGAUAUACAUAAUAGAGAAAGUCAAAUCAGCCCUUUGGGGUUUGUGGUAAAAAUUCACUCACCCAUUGAAGCCUAAGGUGGCUUUGUACCUUCCAGAUCUCUCAGCAAAUCCCCUGGGCAGAAAUGUCACCUGCUUGCCAUGUCUUUGAGGGGUUCAGGUCAGCCUGGAGAACAGGCUCCUUAGGUCAAAAACCUUGUUUUAAGAGCCAUUGUGGUACAGUCAAUGUAACCCACUUGUGCAGAAGCCAUGCUUCCAAGGAAGGUCUCAGGUUGACAACUAGACAUCAAAUCUGAGAAGCCAACUGUGGAGUAAUGUGUUUUUUUUCCUCUGUGGACAAGAGAGAUCAGAAAGGUGCUUGAUCUUGAACAAUUGAUCCAUGAUGAAAAAAUGACCAUUAGCUCUUCCCCAGAAGCGUCCGUGUUUGCUGAAUGGAGCUGAGAUUUUGAUCCGCUAUCAGACUCCAGAAAGAUCCAGGAGUUCCAAGAACAUGGCAAAGAGUCAAAAUCUUAGGACAAGGAAUUAAAAUGCCAGAAUGCAAAUGUCCAACAGGCCUGGUAGCUCACAGCUAUCAACACCCUAGAAUUCCACACUGCCUCACUGCAGUUGCUCAAGGAUGGGUAUGUUUCUGUCUCUGAAAUUCGGGAAAAAACCUUAAGUGCCAGAGAAGGUGCUUCCAAGACUGUCUGCAGAAUUCCUUUCCUAGGGUCUGUCUCUGGUACCCAAAAGGGCAGAGAAGGAACCCUAAGAUUAGCAUAGAGCCACUCAUCUCUCCUCCCCUCCCCACCCCUUCUUCCCGUGCUUCCAUUCCCCAUGGCUCUCUCCUCUGACUGUGACACACACUUCCUCUCCAGCAGUGUUGGGAAAGUUCUGGACCUCUACUGGAUCUAGCCAUAAACGGUGGUCUUCAGAAAAAUGGAGAUUGUGGCUGCCAGCACCCACAAGACGGCAGCCUCAUGCCAUGCAGGCAGCAAGCCAUCCUGAACAGCGUUCCUCCCAGAGUCUGUUGCCUCACCUGCUGUUCACUGGUGAGAGGAAAAGGGAAUUGUUCUCCCUUGACCAGUUUUCUAGUUUUCCUGUUCCCACCCUGGUCUUUGCCUGAUGACAGAGAAACUUUCUAAAAAAAAACAAAAACAAAAGCUAUAAAAAAUCUGCAAAACACCCUA